AUGGCGGAUGACCUUUUUCAAGAUUUGCCACCGCCGUCUAUGUCUCAGUCCCAACCCCAACAAAAUACACAUUCUUCAAUCAACACUAGUAGAAGCAGCACUCAAGAAUCUAUACCAAUCCCACCUCCUCCCGCUCCUCCACUCAAGAGCGCUCUAAAACGUCGCAUACCACCUCCUGAAUCACAGCCCCAAGCUGCUGUUCCUGAAAAACGUUUGAGAUUUAAAACGACGACAGAUGCCUCAGAAAAGCAAGUUAUUGAUGCCAUGCAGAAAAUAGCAUCUCAUAUAAAGAACCCAUCAAAGUUCAAUAAGGCCUCGAAGCUUGCUAUACAGCUGGUUCAGGCUGGUAGUAUUAAGCAUGCAACUGCUGAUCACUUCUUUGCCAUACUUGAAGCUGCAAUGUCGUCUUUGACUACUUGUAAUGAGCCCCAUUUACAAGCUGACUAUCAUGCUCUCUUCUUGGCAGCUCAAGAUGCAGCUGAUGUCCUUAACAAGAAGCAGAGAAAUCUUUUAAGUACAUGGAUAAUUAGGGCUGUCUGGGCAAAUGACCUGUUCACAGAUGACAGCUUUGUAUUUUCAAAAGCAACUGGUAGAAUAAAAGAGGCCAUAUCUGGUCUUCCUGUUGCAAGUGAGAAUGAUGAUAUGGAAGAAUCUGUUGCUUUGAAAGAAGAGUCGGCGGUGCCAAGUACAGAUGGACAUACAAAUGAGGAAGAGCCUGAUCCAUUUGGACUGGAUGCCCUGAUAACAAAUUCUAAGGACGAUAGUUCACAGGAGAAAAGGGAGGCAGUAACCAAUGGUCGAAAGGAAGAAGAGGAAGAGAACAGGGUAUUCCUCAAGUUACAGAGGGAGGGCUUGAUUUCUUGUUUGGAGAUUGCUGCUAAGAGAUACAAAAUCCCAUGGUGCCAAACUGCUAUUGACAUCUUAGCAAAGCAUGCAUUUGAUAAUGUUUCAAGAUUCACAGCCCGACAAAGGGAUGCCAUUGGGAAUCUUUGGGCUUCGAUUCGAGAACAACAAACUCGUAGAAAGCAUGGAAAAUCUGUAUCCGGGAAGCUUGAUGUGAAUGGUUUUGAGUGGCUUCAGGAAAAAUAUGCAAACGAGAAGAUCAGCAUUCGACAUUCCGUGGGAGGAAGUGGAGAUCGUAAAUGCCAACAGUGGCUUGGUUAA